AGAGGAGAAAUUUGCUGCAAUCUGGCUGUCAACGGUACGGGAGGCCAUACCUUCUACCGUACCGGUAUUCAGCUGUCCACCGUACUCCAAUAGAGCUUGCUCCUGACAGACUUACGGGAAGUGUUCUAUUAUUUUCGCUUUCACUCUCGAACGCGCAAACCCGGGGCAGUGCGACUGCAAUACUCGUGGAAGUCGCCGCAUUGAGGCACAGGUGGCGGUGCUUUCUGAUGCUUAAAUUUAAUUAUAUGUUGGCUGCGCCCACCCACCAGAGGGCAGAGAUGCUGAAGCUGCAAGCCGCGAGGGAGAGCAAAAGGUGAUGGUGGUGCGAGUACUGCACCAGUACGUAUGCUACCCAUACUGGAGUACCGGUACGAUACAAAAUUGUGCUCGUGCUGGUCUGUGGAGAGCAUUUCGCGGGGCGGCAUGGUGGAUUGUAUGCCGCGAUCUGGCCCUUUCAUGCACAGUGCUCGAGCAUUGAUUGAAUUGUCGCCCGGUCAAGCCACCUUGAUAAUGCCGUGCAUUUCAGAGGCCCGGAAUAACUUACGCCAGACAUUGACUUUACGAAGGUACAGCCCAUAAGUUUUGUACGUUCCACAGGGGCUGACGGCAGCGAGCCUCGCUUGUGGAACCUACAAAACUUAUGGGCUGUACCUCCGUAGUCAACCGAAGCCCGGGAAGGACCCGAAUGAAUUAACCAAACGGACAAGGACCCCUCGAGAAACCGUCAUCAUACCGGUACCAUAACCCAGGAAUCCACAGCGAUAGAGGAUCAAGAGGCACAGUCCUCUCACCCUACCGUACCGUACCGUGGAGGGUAUUUUGUUUUUCGGAGGGAUCACUGGCCUUGGCCUUAAGUUGGACCGCUGUGAGCUCUGCCCAAGCCAUAGAUUAUAUGUUCCUCUCAUUCUGCCGGCAUUAAAUUCUGACAGCAGCCGGUUACCCUCUCUUCCCUCGAUACAGGAGACCAAAUUAUAGGCUUGGUCACAGAGCUAACGUCCAGGAAGGCCAUCACUGGUCACAGUAGCGGUACACUUCAAUCACAGAAUACCGGGUCUCUUUCUUCUCUUCCUCUUUUUGCCCUCUUCCCCGUCUGCCGGGACAAAUAUACCGGUAGUCUGUAGGCUCUCCGUGACUGGGUUGACCCAUUGUGACCGGGACCAAGUUAUUGGAGGAGCUUCGCGCCCACCCUCCCCUCGCCCCAAGGAAUCGCUCCAGACGAGAUUGCGGCAGUCGAACAGUGCCGGU